CACAUUCACCAAGUUUCUACCACUUCAAAGUUUAAAUGGAGUUUAAAAAGCUAUAUGUUUUAGCUCUCUUUUUGUGCGUUCUCUUGAAAACAAAUGGAUCUAAAUCAGGAGAAGAAUAUUGGAAAUCUGUUUGGCCGAACACUCAUAUACCCAAGGCAAUUUCAGAUUUGUUGUUGUCAGAUAGAGGAACCAAUAUGCCUAUGAAAAGUCAAGAACAGAAUAAAUAUAGGACUAUCUUUUUUGAACAUGACCUAUAUCCUGGGAACACAAUGAACUUAGGUAUCCAGAAACAUUCAGAUAUCCAACCAUUAAAGUCAUCAACACAUGUACCUAUUAAAAAAGAAAGCCAGACUUUUAGGACUCGCAAAUGGCUUGGACAAACACCUGAAAAAGAAAAUCAACCUUUUGAAUCAACCAUAAGGAGCGACAAUGCAACCGAAAUAGAAACCGAUAGAACAACCCUACCUUUUGGAAUAUGUGUGUGGUAUAAAAAAGAAAUUGAUAGAACAAAUCAUCCUUUUGAAUUUAAUGUGUGUGAUAAAAAAGAAACUGAAAAACAAAAUCAACCUUUUGGAAUCAGUGUGUGGUGGUAUAAAACAUCAGAUGAAAAAGAGGCUCACAUUAUUGACAACUAUUGUGGAUCCCCAUCAUCAAUGGGGGAAGAUAAACAUUGUGUCUCGUCACUAGAAUCAAUGAUGGAUUUUGCCAUUUCAAAACUUGGAAAGAAUAUCAAAGUGAUGUCAAGUUCCUUUGCUCAAAAUCAGGACAAAUAUGUAGUGGAGGAAGUAAAGAAAAUUGGAGACAAAGCAGUGAUGUGCCAUAAAUUGAAUUUUAAAAAUGAUGUAUUUUAUUGUCACGUGAUCAAUGCAACAACAACUUACAUGGUCCCAUUGGUGGCCUCUGAUGGAACUAAAGCGAAAGCACUAACUAUUUGCCACCGUGACAUGAGAGGUAUGAAUUCUGAUGUGUUGUAUGAUAUUCUCAAUGUUAAUCCAGGAACUGUCUCUGCUUGCCAUUUUAUUGGAAACAAGGUUAUUGCUUGGGUACCAGAUGUGAGUGAGACUGAUGACCAUCCUUGUGUCAUUUAGCAGAUUUACAUAUUUGUCUGUUUGGUAUUGUUGUAAGGUGGUCUAUGUGAAUAAAUAUGAUGUGAAAAUAUCAUAUCUUGUGUUUAAACAAUGUCAUCCAUAUAUGCUAAAUAAAACUAGUUCUAAAUUAGUUAGAACUAUGGGUUUGGGUUUGUGAAUUGUUCAAUGUGUCACUCUAUGGUCAAUCUCUGAUGUACUUUAUGUAAUAUAUUGUCUUUAUAGUGAUUUCAAAUGUUCUGCAACAUAA